ACAUUAAACAUUAAUACGUGUUUCUUGCCUAAAACGGAACUGUGUCGUUUUAGAUCUAGUUCGGAUGUUAGAACAUUUCAGGAAAACUUGAUAUAAACCCAAGAUAGAGCUUGAUAUAAACCUGAUUCUAGUGGAUUCCGGGACAAGAAGUUUCCCGGCGUGAUUAGGGUUUCAGAUUGAGACCUGAACACGUAAAAACUCCAUCUUGCACAUUUACUUUAUCUGCAAUUCUCUGUUUCUUGUUCUGUUUUCAAGUCCUCGUCAAAGUUCUUUACAAACGAGUGCUAAUCCAAGAGAGACAGUGAGUUUCUUCGGCAAAGACGUGAGUUUUAUGAACUCUUAACCUCACACUGUAUAAUUUGGAUUCUGAAUGUUGUUUUGAGUCUUGGAAUUGCAAUUAUAUGUUCUGUUUAUGGAUCUGUAAUCCAGGUUAUCCGACUGUAUGCUAUCUAUCAUAUUUUCGAUUUAACAAAAGUCAUUAUGUGGUUCAAAAAAUAAUGGAAGAGAAACUUAUAAAAUGCUGUUGAUUUUUAUGUGUAAAGUUUCAGUGAGAUUGAAGUUAACUUAUAACUUCUUGUUGCUUUUGUAUUCUGACAUGUUUAAGAACAUGGAAUCACGCCGGGCCGUUGUGGCGACUAUGGUCGUGGUAUUGGUCACAGUGCAGUGGUUGGGAUAUACUUUUAGGUUUGCUGAAGGUUAUCCGGAAGAAGAUAUGGUGGUGAGGCUGCCUGGUCAACCGAAGGUCGGGUUCAGACAAUUCGCUGGAUAUGUCGAUGUGGACUCGGAGAAUGGUCGUAGUCUUUUUUACUACUAUGUUGAGGCUGUAAAAGAACCUGACACUAAGCCCUUAACCCUUUGGCUCAAUGGAGGUCCAGGUUGUUCUUCAGUUGGUGGAGGAGAUUUCACUAAGUUAGGUCCAUUUUACCCCACGGGUGAUGGCCGUGGCCUCCGCUUGAACUCCAUGUCUUGGAACAAAGCCUCGAACCUGCUAUUUGUGGAGUCACCAGCCGUAGUAGGAUGGUCAUACUCUAACAGAAGCUCUAAUUAUAACACCGGGGACAAGUCAACAGCCAAUGAUAUGCUUGUGUUCUUAUUGAGAUGGUUCAACAAGUUCCAAGAGUUGAAGUCUCGCGACCUCUUUCUCACUGGCGAAAGCUACGCAGGGCACUACAUACCUCAACUGGCUGAUGUGAUACUCAGCUACAAUUCACGCUCAAAUGGGUUCAAAUUUAACGUCAAAGGCAUUGCAAUUGGCAAUCCACUUCUGAAGCUUGACAGGGAUGUUGCAGCUGCAUACGAGUACUUCUGGUCGCAUGGGAUGAUCUCUGAUGAAGUAAGACUCACAAUCAUGAACCAAUGUGACUUUGCCAAUCCAAAGAACAUGAGUAAUGCUUGUAUACAUGCUAUCGUUGACUCAAGCGUCCUCACUGAGUAUAUCAAUAGCUAUCAUGUUCUCCUUGAUGUAUGUUACCCUUCUAUUGUCCAGCAAGAGCUGAGGCUCAAGAAAAUGGCUACUAAGAUUAGCAUGGGAGUUGAUGUCUGUAUAACAUACGAAAGAAGUUUCUAUUUUAAUCUCCCGGAGGUACAGAAUGCGCUUCACGCAAACCGCACUCGCCUACCUUAUGAGUGGACUAUGUGCAGCAACCGGUUAAACUACAGUGGCAUCGAUGGAUACAUCGACAUGCUUCCGAUUCUUAAGAGAAUUAUACAGAACCAAACUCCUGUUUGGAUCUUCAGUGGAGACCAAGAUUCUGUAAUUCCACUUCAAAGUUCAAGAACACGCGUACGAGAACUUGCUCAGGAUCUCAACUUCAAGACCACUGUUCCCUAUGGAGCCUGGUUCCACAAAGAACAGGUUGGUGGCUGGGUCACAGAGUAUGGGAAUCUACUGACCUUUGCAACGGUGAGAGGAGCGGCUCAUAUGGUGGCCUAUGCGGAGCCCUCACGAGCUCUGCACAUGUUCAGUACCUUUGUGACUGGCCGGAGAUUGCCCAACAAACCAGAUUUAAAAUCUUCUAUUGAUGAUUGAAAUAGAAACAUAUUAGGGUUUGUAUUUAUAUAUUUGCAAACAUUGUGAUGAGAAUAUAGUAUUUCUCGUACGCGUUCUUGAACUUUGAAGUGGAAUUACAGACAUUGUGAUACAUUAAACCCCACGGGAUUAUAGGUCUGUAUUUCUGUUUACAGACAUUGUGAUACAUUGUCACGAUUCUGUAAUGACGAACCGUGAACCCCACGGGAUUAUAUUUAUAUAUUUGCAAACAUUGUGAUGAGAAUAUAGUAUUUCUCAUAGAUUAUUGGAGUGUGAUUUUUAUCAAUAUUUUUAUUACUUAUAUGAUUUUGAUAAAUGAUGAGUCUUAUCAUUGUCAUUUGGACGUAUUUUCAAACGCUUAUUAGACAUAGCUAUCUCUUGAUUAUGAUGAUUUAUGAUAAUGGUUUCAUUUCAUAGUAUCCACUCAACAACGUUGACA